AUUGCCAUAAUGUCCGGCGCCGCCUGUGUGAUCUCAUGCAUGACUAUUAACCGGAGGGGCGGGGCUUACAGGUGCUAACUGCGCGUGAAGUGAGUGCUCAGUGAGCGCUCGGUAUUGGUCGAGCCGAACGAGCAUCAACCAAUCAGGAUAAAGAGCGCGGGGUGUGUGUUAUUAGCGUUAGAGGAAGGGGACGGGAAGAAGGAGACGCUGAUGAUAAAGAAAUAAAUAAAAACUAGCAGUUUUGGAAGGUCAGAGUUGCCAUAGCGGGUUUUUAACCUUCGUUGUUUGAUUUUAUUUUUUUAAAUAUAUAUAUAUUUCGAAGCUGGGCGGCAGAAUGACUGAUUUCCUGUUCAGGAUCCUGCUGUCUGCUGCUUUCGCCUGCCGAGCAAUCACACUUGAAUCAGGUUGCGAAGGAGCAGGAUGUGGCAGUGCUAAGGCACCGGGACAGCGUGAUGAACAUAGUGAACUGCUGAAUCAGUUUAACGAGAUGAACGCACCGUCUGCAGCUGGCCAGCACCGGGGCUCUGGAGCCGUGUUACCUUUUAUUGGACUCACUGGAAGUGCUACACAGAGUAGAAACUGCUGUAAGAACGGGGGUACGUGCAUUCUGGGGAGUUUUUGCGCCUGUCCGAAGCACUUCACCGGGCGGAGCUGCGAGUACGACGACCGCGUCAGGAACUGUGGCGUUAUUCCUCAUGGGGAAUGGGUUCAAAAAGGCUGCUCAUAUUGCAGAUGUGGAUAUGGAGUGUUGCACUGCUUUCCUCAGGUCUUUCAUAGCGACUGUGCACAGACCCCACAGAUACUUCCCAGGCCAUCUGGUUUCCACACCGCUGCCAAACUCCAGAACAGCAGCUGUGUACAGGCUGUGAGGGCCGAGAGUCCUGACCCUGAACACACUGCCAAGAGCCAGGUUAACCGAGCCAACGGGAACCUGAUUGCCUCUGGAAUGGGACGCUCAACGUUUCAGCCCAAAGCCAGUGACAAUUUCAGGCUGCAGACCGGUCAGAGCGCCCAUGGAGACACCUGUCCACCAUGGAAAGCACCUACAAUGGGUACGUGA